AUGCGGGGAAACGUGCUCCUUGGCAACGCCGCUUCCGCCCCUGACGUCACCUCCGGUUUGAGCCCCGACUGCAGCCGGAAUAGAGCGCUUUCACUUCCUCCAUCUGAUCACCGGAAGUGGAUACCCAUUCUGGAGAUUAAGUCACCUCUCCUGCCUCUUGUACAUUUCCCAGCUGUUGAACCCGAGGGGAGAGGACAGGAAGAGCGAGGCCAGCGGAGAGAAGGCCUUGGCGAAGUGGCCCUUCUUUCCGCAGUUGGAGCAGGUAGCUUCUCGGGCCGGGCAACGUUUCCGGGGGUGCUUCUCGAGUCCGCAGAAGUAUCACUUCGCGGACUUGCGACUGGCAGCAGCUGUGUUGAUUCGCCGGCGGGUUGCGGGGUCUGCGGCGUCCAUGAGGCCGUCGGGAGAUUGCGUGCCUGGAGAGCGUCAGAGUUGUGCAGAGCGGCCUCCAGCGUGUCAGCCAACUCAAUUGCCGAACUUAAGAUGCUGCCUGGUCAGCUGAGUUCCUCCAGCAUUUUGCGUGUGUUGCUUGGAUUUCCCCUCUGCAGCGAUGGGUGGAGAGCAGAGCACCGAUCACAUAGAAACGACCCUGAGCAAGGAGACCGCAGGAAAUGGAAAGGAAGCAGUGGGGUCAUCCAGCCAGUCGGAGUCAGUGGAGGGAGCGACUGUUCCUCAAACUCACAUCGGCACCAAAGCCGUGGAUGACAUGUGCUUCAUGGUUGUUUGCACAAAUUGGUACUGAGGCCAGGGGAUCGAGGGGCUUGGGGUGUGUGGGGUGUAGGGCAUUGUCACUGAUACCCCUGGAAGAGGACUUGGGAGAUGGUACCGAUUACACUACAGCAGCAUUCGCAGAUAUAUGUGUUCUGAUAAUUUCUGUCAUUAGUUUGUCCACCAGUAAUAAAUACUGUGUGAU